UCUGUAUGGAAAGGCAAACAAUUCUCAAAUGCGCUUAAAUGAUUUGAGGAAACGGCAAAUAAACGGCAAACGAAACCGAAUGAGAGGGCGUGAGGGAGAGCGAUUGAGUGAGUGGCUAGCCUGACGCUGACGUUGACGCUGACCGCUCGCUUGCUCUCACACUCUCCCUCUCAAUGAAUAUGGCUCUCCCUUCGACUAAAUUAAACGGAUGUUUCGCCGUGGCAAAUUGUCGUUUCUAAACACCAAAGACGACCGCAUUAAGAUUAUAAAUGAGCGCAUAACGCUGACCGAACGCCACUUAAUGGAAAUGUGUUCGGCAUUCGCUUUGGUAACAAGGAAAAUGGCCAAAUACCGAGACUCGUUCGAUGAGCUGGCAAAGGGCGUCAAGGGCUAUGCAGAUGAAGAGGAAAUCAACGAAAGCCUCUCGACUGGUCUAAAGAGCUUCACAAAUGCAGUCACAAUAAUGGGCGACUACAUGGACAUUAAUGUACAUCGUCUGGAGCAUAAAAUUGUCAAUGAGAUGACUUCAUUUGAGCAGCUCUGCAAGUCCACGCGCGACAAUCUCCGACUGGCGGUCAUUGCCCGCGACAAAGAGGUGUUGCGCCAACGCCAGAUGCUGGAGAUCAAGUCAAAGUUUGCGGCCAAUAAUAGUGCUGCCGACUCAGAACUUUUCAAGGCCAAGAUGGAAGUGGCGCGUACGAACAAAGAGAUUGACGAGAUAAUCGGCAACUUUGAGCAGCGCAAGCUACGGGAACUCAAGCAGAUACUCAACGACUUCAUUCUCAUCUCCAUGAAGCAGCACACCAAGGCCCUGGAAGUGCUCAGCGCCAGUUACUAUGACAUUAGCAGCAUUGAUGAGCGCGACGACUUUCUCGAAUUCCAGAAGCUAAUGAAAACCAAAGAGGAGCCUGCCCAGCGCAAGGGGACAUUGAAGAAGGGUCUGCGCUCGCAGUCAAUGGACAGCCUGGAUCACGAGCAGUUGGUCAGUCCACUGAAGCGGCAUCAGAAGCUGUCCAGAAGCAGUAAGAAUUUGGCUGGAGCGGGCAUACCCCAUGGCAACAAGCUAGAGCUGGAGCAGGAAGAGGCAGAGACUGAUGGACACGAAGACCAGGAGGCCGACGACGACAAUGAGGAGGGGACUGAACAAAGUGGGGAUGACGACGAUGAAGAUGAAGAGUCCGGCACGGCCUCGGAUGAUGAGCGUGAGCCAGCCGAAGCCACCACGCCCACUCUACGAGAUAAUGUGUUCGGUGUGAAGGCAAGAACCAUCAGCAAAGAGGCAGCAAAUCCAGUGGCGGCUCCACUGAAACCCAUCCGCACGAUUGUUAAACAUCCCUUCAAGGCGGUGGCUUCGACGCAUGUAAGACUGCAGAAGCAAUUCCAAGUGCCACAGCACUAG